AUGGACCAAGAAAAUGAAAGAAAUAUCUCAAGAUUAUGGAGAGCAUUCAGAACUGUAAAAGAAAUGGUUAAAGACAGAGGUUAUUUUAUUACUCAAGAAGAAGUUGAAUUGCCUUUGGAAGAUUUCAAGGCCAAGUACUGUGAUUCGAUGGGCAGACCACAACGUAAAAUGAUGUCUUUCCAAGCAAAUCCAACCGAAGAAUCUAUAUCAAAGUUCCCAGAAAUGGGCUCUUUAUGGGUAGAAUUUUGUGAUGAACCUUCCGUUGGUGUAAAGACAAUGAAGACUUUCGUUAUACAUAUUCAAGAAAAAAAUUUUCAAACAGGUAUCUUUGUUUACCAGAAUAAUAUUACACCAAGUGCAAUGAAAUUGGUACCUUCUAUACCACCAGCCACCAUUGAAACAUUUAAUGAAGCUGCCUUAGUGGUUAAUAUUACUCACCACGAAUUGGUUCCAAAGCAUAUCAGAUUGAGUACUGAUGAGAAGAGGGAGCUUUUAAAAAGGUACAGAUUGAAGGAAUCCCAACUACCAAGAAUUCAAAGAGCUGAUCCUGUGGCCUUAUAUUUGGGGUUGAAAAGAGGGGAAGUAGUUAAAAUUAUAAGAAAGAGUGAAACCUCUGGUCGUUAUGCCAGUUACAGAAUCUGUAUGUAG